UUAUUUGCAUGUACUUGUGUAGGAGCUGCAGGAUGACGGAGGGAUGGUUUCCUCCUGCAUCAACUCCGCCUGUCUUUCCCUCCUUGAUGCCAGUGUUACUCUCAAGUUCCUGGUCGCUGCUGUAUCAUGCUCCCUGAGACGGGACGGAUCUAUUCUCCUGGACCCCACCUCUAAACAGAUGAGAGACGGAGUGGCGAACAUUGUUUUUGUAUUUGAGAGUAAAACAAGAUCAGUGAUCUCAACGCACUCUGAGGGUCCGGUUAACCCAGACAAGUUUCAAGAAUGUUUAGCAAUCACUAAAACUGCAGUUGAGAAAAUAUUCCAAUUUUACAGAAUUGUGAUCGGGAAAAAAUUCUCCAAAGACGUUUGAUAAUUUUUAUUUUCAGAA